AGUACGCACAUGCAUAAGAACUAAGAUAAGAACUGAAAAUAUAUUGACUCCAUUUGUUUGAUUACCAAAGACUGAACAAAUACGAAUAUUCAAAGAUCAGCAUCAAAUGAAUCUGUGGAUGACACUGUGUGACUUAAAAUUAUUGUAUAACACAACAUAAAUUUCGACUAUCGACCAUAGCCUAUCGAUUGGUAUAAGUUCAGUGAAAAAAGUUGUUUUCCAUUAUUGUGAAUGUUCAACUCUGAAAGGCAGAACUAGAACAACAAUGGAUACUAUCGCAUUCAUCAACAGAACAGAAUUCGAAGAUGAUCCAUUCGCUGAGGUUGACGAUACUUCUGUGAAGGCAGAUUAUGAUGUAGGAAACGUAGCGUUCGUUCUAAUUAUAUCAAUGAUCAAACUAGCAAUAUGUUUGGCUAGCAUAUCUGCAGAUAUAUUCUUGUUAGUUGUAUUGUUUAGAUUUGGGAGGCUGUGGGAAGUUAGAAUCAAUAAGUAUAUUCUGAAUCUUGCAAUUCUGAAUAUUAUAUAUUACCUAGCCGCCCCUCUAUUUUUUAUAUUCGAACAUUUAGUCUACACUGAUUAUGUACCUACGAUAUUUUUACUGCAAACACAGACUACAAUUUUGAUUCUGUACAUAACAUUUGCUAUUGCUCUUGCUGUCGAUUGGUACUUUUCCGGUUAUGUUCCGUCUUUGAUGUAUAACUAUAAAAUUUAUUAUCACUACGUUUUUUCUGGCAUUUACGUUGUUUUCGUCAUAGAAUGGAUUUUCGCAUUCAUUUACGCGGAAAACCAUCACAUGAUUCGAAUGUCAAUUUUUUCAGUUUUCUAUGUAACGUUCCUGGUUUUGUUAGUAACCAUAAAUAUAUUGAAGUGUAGAUUGAGCCCGAAAGAGGAUACCACAAAAACGGCUCAUGCUUUAACAACAGCAAAUAUAAUAUAUGCUGCCUUUUUGCCGAUACUCAUUUAUCAUCUGAUUGUAAGACAUUCGUCGAAUAUCACUGUUCUCACAAUUGUUUUAUAUACUGAGUUCAUCCCCUCCUUGCUUGAGAUAGGUCAUCCGAUUUUGGUCGUAUACAUGCUGGGAAGAAUGAAUAAAUAUUUUAAAAUGGCAUAUAAUAAGUCUUUCAAGAGAUCUACCCGCAACUAUGGCGUAGAAGAAAAUUUGGAUGAUGUAUCAGAAGUAGGGGGUGUGAGAAACAACACAAUUCAUGUGACAGUAACUGAGGAUCAAAGAAAUGACAAGCAUCUUUUAGAGAUAUGAAGCUGACAUUACUGAUCAAUACAUUUUUUUUACUGAA